AACGCUUUUAAAGCCAACAGACAUGCUCUGCAGCUGCUGCGCUGCUUAUGACCUUCUCUUCUUUCUCGUCCUUGGGCUUUUCUUUGAAUCUUUCCAUAAACACAAAUACAUAUAGCCGGUGCCUGUGUAGAGAGAGAAAGCGCAGGAUUUCUUUCAUAGAGAAAGAGAAAGCUCGCAAUCCACUUUCUCUCUUCUACUUCCAGAGGAGCAAGUAAACAACUGGACUACUUGAGCACUUGCGCUGGGCGACAAACUGCCUUUGAGGCCCGCGCCCUUCAGGAGCUGCAUUUCAGUUCGUAAAUUGUCUAUUUUCGAUCGUGAUCGAUAGCGGGACCCAUGCUUUCAAGACCAACGAGAAGAUAGAUACGUACACGGACAUACGCUUGGUAGUGGAGUGCUUAUCCCGGUAAAAAGCGACGGAUUGUAUGAAGUAUUACGACACAGUCUUUGCAAAGAAUUGAAGCGAUUUAAUGCAUCCCAUCUGAAUUUAAUGCGAAGCAGCUGUUAGCCAUUUGAAGGAGGCUCAUAAAAAUUCGGUGCUGUCAUAUUAGCUUUGUAUAACUGCUGAAAGCUUUGGUGGAAGAAAUUGGGACUGAGAGGAUGGCUUGUGCUGAGUCGGGAAUGCAAGAGCCCAGUAUCGACACGGACAAGCUGAGCUACGAGAUUUUCUCAAUCCUCGAGAGCAAGUUCUUGUUCGGAUACGACGACCAGAAGCUCUGGAUUCCGAAGCAGGUCCCUGUAUCAAUCGAAACGAAAUCAGCACAGUCGGUUCCAGAGGAAACCGUUAAUAACGGCGUGAACGCCGUUAAGAACCAGAGGGGGAAAAUCUGCGUGCUGAGCAUCGACGGCGGCGGCGGCAUGCGGAGCAUCCUGCCGGGGAAAGCCCUGGCCUACCUCGAAAACGCGCUGAAAACGAAAUCGGGAAAUCCGGACGCCAGAAUCGCCGAUUAUUUCGACGUCGCCGCCGGUUCCGGCGUCGGGGGAAUCUUCACGGCGAUGCUGUUCGGUACCAAAGACCACAGCCGUCCGAUCUUCCACGCGGACGACACGUGGAAGUUCCUCGCCGCGAAGGGAAAGAAGUUUUUUCACGGCUCGUCGUCCAGUUCGAUCAAGCGGUUCUUCCGUACCGGUUCCGGCGGGAAGAAAACCGGUUCGGGCGGUGCCGGUCUGGAGAGAGAAAUGAGAGAGGUGUUUGUUGCCGCUGACGGGAGGAGCUUGACGUUGAAGGACACGUUGAAGCCGGUCCUGAUACCGUGCUACGAUCUCUCCAGCGCGGCGUCGUUCGUCUUCUCACGCGCCGACGCGCUGGAAACGGACAGCUUCGACUUCCGUCUCCUGGAGGUGUGCCGGGCGACGGCGGCCGAGCCGGGGGGGUUCGAGCCGGUUCUGAUGAGCUCAGUCGAUGGGCAGACGAGGUGCGUGGCGGUGGACGGCGCGCUGACGAUGAGCAACCCGACGGCGGCGGCGAUCACGCACGUGCUGCACAACAAGCAGGAGUUCCCGUUCGUGCGUGGGGUGGAGGACAUUUUGGUACUUUCGCUCGGGACGGGUCAGAUGCUGGAAGGGAGCUAUGAGUACGAGCAAGUCAAGAGGUGGAAGGCCAAGGACUGGGCUAGGCCGGUGGCGAGAAUCUCCGGCGAUGGUUCGGCGGACUUGGUGGACCAUGCGGUGGCUAUGGCGUUUGGUCAAAGCCGUAGCAGUAACUACGUCCGUAUACAGGCAAAUGGAUCCAGCCUGGGUCGUUGCGGGCCCAAUGCUGACUUGGACCCCAGUCCUAGUAAUGUAAAGAUGCUUGUGGAAAUAGCUGAUGAAAUGCUGAAACAAAAGAAUGUUGAAUCUGUUCUAUUUGAUGGUAAGAAGAUUGCGGAGCAGAGCAAUUUUGAAAAACUAGACUGGUUUGCGGGAGAGCUCGUGUUGGAGCAUCAGAGAAGGGGUUGCAGAAUAGCUCCCACUGUUGCAUUCAAGCAAGCUGCCCCUAAAGCCAGCUAGACAACUCUACCCUGCCAAAAAAAAAGGAAACCAGAAACUGAAAAAUAAGCAAGAGGAAGAGUAGUAGUAUAUUGCAGCUUUUACUGUUGAGAAAAGGGAAAGAGAGGAAGAGAGGAGGGGAGGUCAGAGAAUUGGGUGAAAAAGGACACUAAACUGCAUAAAAAACUGGUGGAGCAAUCUUUUAAGGGAUUUCUUGCCUAUCACAGGACAGGCAUUGUGGUGUCCACUCCAAAAACAGGGACCCAAAGCUUUGAUUGUGUGUGAACUUUGAUGGUCAAAGAACAGAAACCUCAUUCCAAUCCUUCUGAUUUCAAAUGAACAACUUUAGUAGGCGUGGGAAAACACAAAUUUGCCUCCCCUUUCCUUUUGUCUUUCCCAUCCUUUCUCUAGGAAAAUUUGUUUGUUGGGUGAAGCAUUAUUACCUAGUUCUCUUUUUCUGUCCCCUGGCAUUUUUCUCUCUCUUGGUUUUCUUUUUUCUUUUAUCAUUUGCGUGAAUAUAGAUUGUAGUGAUGGAGAAGAUUUCAAGGAGGUCUCUUUUUUAUAUGGGGACUUUAGUGCAGGACCCAUGUCUGUAAAGAGAGGGAAAAACAGCUGAGUAUUUUGCAUUUUCCUUUCUGUGAACAUUUGUUACAGGUUUGGGUCCCCUGUUUGAAUCUUCCUUAAUGUUCAUUAGUAUCUUAUUAGAA